UUGCAGGAAUAUAGACCGUAAGUUGUAUAGCGGAGCUACCUAUUUACCUACUACUUGCCCUUCCCCGACUCCAUGAACACCAAACUAUCCUUCCGAACGAAACGGACACAAUGCGCUACUUACUAGUCUAUGUAGCGAGUUGGCUUAUUCUGCAAAGCGGCGCCUAUGCUCAGAGUGGGUGCGCCAACAAGAACUCUCUGCCUGCGUCUAUAGCAACGUCUAGAUCAGCGUUGUGUAUGGACGGUACCGUGCCAGCUUACUAUGUAGACGGCGCUACAUCAGACCAAUCUCGAAAUAAAUGGGUGAUAUUUCUGCAAGGCGGCUCUUUUUGCUUCACUCAAGUGCAAUGCGACGUUCGAUCCCGUACCCCUCUUGGGUCUUCUGCAACUUACUCGGAUACCACCGCCUUCAAUGAUGAAGUGGUCCUGGGGAUGUUGUCCUCUGAUCCUGCCAAUAACGAUCUUGCGGACUGGAACCGCGUUGCCAUCCCGUACUGCAGUCAAGAUCUCUGGUCAGGAACGAUGCAAGGGCGCAACAAGCUUGGUUACUAUGCGGCCGGGCACAAUAUCUUGAAUGCAAUCUUUGAGGACUUGGUGGACAAGCAUGGAUUCGGUAAUGCGGCCGAGGUCGUUAUGGCAGGCAUCAGCGCUGGGGCUGUCGGGACGAUGUUAAAUGUCGACUUCUUUGCUGCCAAGUUUCCCAACGCAAAGUUCCGAGCUAUAGUAAAUGCGGGCUGGUUUAUGCGGGUCGAACAUUUUGCUGUGCUCGGUCGGUACGAUCCUAACGGGCUGCUUGCUUCCAGGCCAGAGUCGGAGGCAGAUGCCGUAUCGCUGUGGAAUAUGUUUGUGGAUCAAGAAUGCGCCGUCAGCGUCAAUGGAUCUAUUUUCAAUUGCGUCCAUGCGUCUGCUCUGAUUCCGCAUAUAUCAACGCCUCUGUUCAUCAUGCAGGAUCUAUUUGACAACUUUCAACUCAGCGACAACAAUGUGGACUUGUCACAGAUGUCAACAAGACCAAACAUGAAAAACUAUGUAUCGAGUUUUGCGCGUACAAUGUGCAAUGAAGCCGCAACUACCCAGUUCCGUUCAAGCCAUUCGCUGUUUUUCCCUGCCUGUACUUCCCACCCAGUGCCGUGGUAUAAGGUGCUUGUUGGAGGCAAAACCGCACGGCAAACGUUUGCCGAGAUGCAAUCAUCAAAUACGACCCUCAUUGACAACAAUUGUGGAUUUUAUUCUGGACAAAGUCUGUUCAAUCCUACCUGUAUAGAUGAUACGGAGAGAACAGGGUCUAUAGGUCUGGCUUCAUGCACGAGGAAUUCGGCUCGUGCAACAGGUAGUAAUAUAAAUGUAGAUACAACGCUAAGCUUUCUGGGGGGAAUUUUCAGUGUAUUUGCCUUACUUUUUACCUAAUAAUUCAUUUUAUGUUCAAAGUCA